AUGUCACUCAGCUCAGAUGAAGAGGAUGAUAUCCUCUCAGACGCUCAAUCAGCAAGUUCAUCCGGAGAAGACGAGGAUUCUCCCCCACGACAAUUGUCGCAGAAUCUGUUUGCGCCUCCAUUUUAUGGGCGACCUCCCACGCCUUUGCCCCCUUCACCCUCACUCACAUCUCUUCUACGCCCUUCACGACCAACAACACCAGAUGCAUCUGACGACGAUGCAAUCGCACCUGUACCUCGCGCCGCGCCAAAGGUGCCGACUUACGAGUAUUACGGCUUCGUGCUGUAUCUCUUCAGUAGUCUGACAUUUCUCAUUUACCUGCUCUGGGGCUAUCUCCCUUCACCAUUUCUGCACGCCCUGGGGAUAUACUACUACCCCAACCGAUGGUGGGCGCUCGCCAUACCGGCUUUUAUCGUCAUGACUGUGGUGUACAUCUACGUGGCCCUUGCGGCGUUUAAUACGGAGAUGUUGACAGUGCCGCUAUCGAGUGUUGAGACUGUUGUUGAUGGGGCGGGAAAGUUGGCGGAGAUUGAUGCAAAGGGGAGAUUGAGGGGAAGUCGGAAUAGGGAGAGAAAGGUGCAUGGAGAUGGGAGAUUGAGAUGGAGGGAAAUUUGGAGUGAGGGAACGGAUGCGGUGAUGGAUAUUCCGCUGGCGGGUGUUUGUGAGGUUUUGUAUGGAGAGGGAAGAGAGGAUGGUGAAGAUGAAUAUGUGGAUGAUGAGAUUUGA